AUGGGUAGUGAAAUGCCAGACUAUGUAGAUGGUAUUGAUGGCUAUGUUGAUAAUCCAAUCCAAAGACGUCGUUUACUUGUACGUGAUCUAAAUGAAUGUUUAAUGUGUACUUUGUGUGAUGGUUAUUUAAUUGAUGCAACUGUUAUUACAAUAUGUUUACAUACAUUUUGUCGUUCAUGUAUUGUACGAUAUUUAGAAUCAAGUCAUUAUUGUCCUACAUGUGAUAUUCAAGUACAUAAAAGUAAACCAUUAACACAAUUACGAACUGAUAAAAGUUUACAAUUAUUAUUAUAUAAAUUAAUACCAUCUGUAUAUCAAAAUGAAGUAAAACGACGAGCUGACUUCUAUUCAAAUGCACGUGCAUCAAGUAGUUGUUCUGAGGAUAGUAUAUUAACUGAUUCUGAAGCACAUGAACAAUCGGUAUUAUCACACAUAAACGAUGACAACCACACUGAAUUCUUUUCACCAGAUGAUUCAAUAUCGCUUAGUCUAGAAUAUUAUAACGAUAAUGAUGAUAUUGAUAAUGAAUAUAAUAAUACAACCUCAUCAUCAUCACUAGUAAAUAUUGAAAAAACCGAUAAUCUAAUGCAAAAUGGUGAUGCUGAUAAUCAAUGUGAUAAUACUGAUAAUUCUACCUUAUCAUUAUCACCAACAAAAACAAUAUCUAAACGUGAAAGUGAUAUUAAAGAUAUUAUUGAUAGUCAUAUGCAAAAUGGUGAUAAUUCUACGACUGAUAAUGUUGAUACUGAUAAAUCUUCAAAUGAAGUAUCAAAUACAGAAUUGUUAUCAUCGACAUCAACGUCUGAUAAUAAUGAGAAUAUUGUGCAUAAACGAUACCUACAAUGUCCGGCCGGUGUUAAUAUUAAACAUUUAACAAAGUUUAUACGCAUGAAAUAUGGUUUAUCCUUUCAACACCGAGUUGAUAUAAUUUAUGAAGAUGAAAUUUUGCCUAAAAAUUUUACUUUAAUGGAUGUGGCCUAUUCAUUUAAAUGGAAUCGGAGUAAUCCAAUGCGUUUCAUGUAUCGCAUAUUUGAAUCAACUAAAAUGCCAUUAUUAAAAUCAAUAUACCGACAACAAGAUGUCAACAUUACUAAUCUCAAUAACAAUCACGAUAACCAUAACAAUAAUAACCGUCCAAAAACACCGGAUACAUCUACCACGAACAAUGGCACAACAUCAGAUUCUAAUUCUUCUUCUAAAAAUACAUCCCCAUCGACAACAAUUGAUAAUAAAUCUACUACUAACAAUCAUACAACAAAACUUCCGCAAUCGAAAACCAAUAGUAAUAAUGCGGUUGAAAAAUUAUCCACAAAUCGAUUGCAAAAACACAAAGACACAAAUCAAAUUAAAAAACAACAAAAGCAUGUCGAUAUUGAUGAAAUCACUGUUAGUGAUAAUACAGAUAAUGAUAAUAGUGAAAAAAAUGAUAAUGUCGAUCGAUUACAUCCUAAUAAUAUUGAUAAUACAGAUCAAAUAGAAAAAAAUGAAUCACCAACGUUACAGCAAUCUACAAACGAUAAUGAUAAAUCUGAAAAUGAUAAUAACAUUGAUAAUGAUGAACAUGAACGAAUUUUACGUGAAAAAGAACGUGAAAUACAGGAAUUUGCCAAAAAACGUGACCUAGAAUGGGCAAAUUUAAUGCGUCAAACUAAUAAUAACGAUGCAACAAAUAAUACUGAUAAUAUUGGUAAUGAUAAUGCUAAAGAAGACGAUGAUGAUGAAGAAAUACCAAUAAUUAUAAAGAAAAACAAAAAACAGUCAGCAUUAUCAAUAACACCAACAAAGAAACGUAAAAAAUCAAAACAUUCAAAACAUUUAGGUAAUUAUUCAUCAAAACGACGUAAAUUACAUCAUCAUCAUCAUCACCAUUAUCAGGAACAAGAACAGAAUGAUGAGGAAACACCAACAAUAGAGGAAAAUAACAAAAAUACAGAUAUAUUAAAAUUAAAAGUAAAAUUAACACCAACCAUACAUAAAAUAUCACCAACAAUAACCACAGAAUUAUCAACAAAAGAACGUUUAUUACAAAUGCGACAAGUACGGCAUAAAAUAACUAAAAAUAAUUCUAAUGAAAUUCAACAACAGAAAAAAGUACGUUUUAAUGAAGAUAACAAUCAAAUACAACAGAAAAUAACAGCAACAAAUAACAAUAGUAAUAAAUGUAAUACAGUUGUUCCAAAUUUAGUUGCACCAAAAUCAUUUACAGUUACAAUGAAUACAACGAAUAACAAUAACAGCAAUGAAACAACAAAUAAAAAACAAAUUAUGUUAAUUAAUCCAAAUAACAAUACAACAACAGCAACAACGACACCAAUUCCAAUAAAAACAACAACACCGACAACAACACUAAGUAAUAACAUGAAUAGUGGGAAAAUUACACAACAAAUAAAACAGCAACAAAAUUUAAAAAAUACUACAACAAGUGCAACAAGUAAUGCGAAUAGUGUUGGUGGAACGAUAACAACAACUGGUGUUAAUAGCGGUAUGGAAACAACAACAAUGACAUCAUUGAUAAAACAACAACAACAACAAAAUGGUAUAGUUAAUAACAAGAAUAAGAUUGAUAAUUUUGGUGCAUUAGAUUUAUCACGAAAAUCACCAGAAACAACACCAAAAUCAACAGAAAACAACAAUAAACAACAAAUUAAAAUCGAAGAUGUACAAAAGAUUGUUCAAAAUAAACAACAUUUAACAAAUUUACAUAUGUUAUCUGAAUCUGCUGUCCAUAUACGUGAUUUAAUGGUAUCAGCACAAAAUCGUAAUAUGACAUCAUCACAGAAUUCACCCACAUCAGUAACGAUCAAAAAUAAUAGUAAACAAUUAAUUCAAACAAAAAAAGAUUAUAAUACAAUGUUAACGAAUGUUUUAUCACAACAAAAACAAUUAAAGAGUGUGUCACCAUCCGGGAAUAAUUCGAAUAAUUCAAGUAGUCCUGGUGGAAUCAAUAAAAUUAAUAAUAUAAUAAAUAAAAAAACCAAUGAAAUAAAAACGUCUACAAAUCAUAUGAUGGUAACUGGUACUACGCUAUCGCCGUCCUCACCACGACCACCUGGUGUUGGAAUUAACUCCAACAAUACAACGUUACGUAUACCAGCAUUACAAAAUCAUAAUAAAUUAUUACAAAUGCGUAAUUUACAAAAGUUACCACCAAAGUUACAAGAAAUAUCAAAAAGUCCGUCAAAUACUUCCACCACAUCAACAGCACAUUCUUUUCCGAAUCAAAUACGCCCAAAUCAAACUGUACGUAAUAUACCAAAUCCAAGUGCAGCGUUGUUAGCAAGACAUCAUGCUCAAGCUGUACAAGCGAUGAAUAAUAAUAGUUCCUCUUCAACGGUUGCUUCUAAUACCACAUCAAUUUCCACAACACCUUCAUCCUCUGCACCUAUUGUUUCGAAUGCUUUGUCACAAACUACUUCAAAAUUAUCCACUUCAACAUCCUCAACAACUGGUACAAUAGCACAAGGUACAGUUACGCCAUCAUUAACGUCUGAAGUAAAGAUAUCAGCACCCAGUGAAAAUAAGAAGAUUUAUGAUCUGAAAACCCCAUUGAAAAAUGGUACGACACAAAAUCCAACGGUAAAAAUAACACAAUGUGAUUUUUCACGAUCAACUACAUUGACUGGUGUUGUGAAUACUGCAUCGGUUAGUGCUACUGCUACAACCUCUGUUGUAGCUUCAACAGCUACUCCCACGACCACAAUAGCAUCGUCAUCGGUGACGGCGAAUGUAACGACGACAGAGGUAAGUGCAACUAAGAAAAUUGAUUCAAUUAUU